AUGGAGGUUGAAAAUAAUCCUUCAGCCGAUAUACAUGAGCUCCACCCCCGAGGCUCAAAUGUAUGGCUCUACGUGUACCAGGCUGUUCAUCCAAACCAUUCCCUUAAAUGCAUGAAAAAUCAAAACCGGCUCAAGUUCGCGUCCUUGAAUACCUGGAAAGACGUCAAAAUCCUCGAUUUCAAAGUACUAACAGAUCCUCCUGAAGACUAUCCAAACACAUUCGGCAAAGUCAAAGCGGUGUAUAAAAGUUGUGCCAACAUCAUUCCCGUUAUGUCCAGGCAUACUCGCCGGCUAGUCAUGGCUUCGAUUGCUUCCCUGAACGAGCUAGGUCCUGCAUGCGUCAAUCUGGUCCAAUUCACUCACAUCCCUGCUUCGUGGAUGUGCUAUGAUUGGAGGGUAUUUUCUCCUAUCGACUACAUGGAUUCUAUUAUUGCACUUGAGCCUCAUGCAGCCGAGAUUCUUUCAGGCCUCAUCCGGCGAAAUCCAAAGCUCACAUCCGUGUGCCUGCAGUUGCCCGCGGCUUAUAAUAACGUAUUAGGGAUUGUCGAUGCCUUAGGCGCGCUACCUUACUUGAAAACUCUCGGCAUCAGUGGGGAAACAGGAUUAAUUACGGAUUUCAAUCACACUUCUUCAGUUGUUCACAGAGUUAUCGAGCGGUGCCAGAGCCUCAAGACUCUUGUUGUCGGCGGAAAUAUCUGUGGGUUCAUCCCUGCUCCUACAACAGCUGCCCAUGGCCCGGCUAAAGAAAACGUCAUCUUGAACCACAGUUUGGAAACGUUGGACCUAGGAGGCACGAUCCCACGCGACUGCCCUGAUCUCGCCUCGUUGAUCUGGAAGUGCACUCGUCUAAAAAACCUGAUCCUUACCAGCGGAUCAACCCCAAAGAUGUUCCUGGACCUGGCAGAUACUUUUUCUUUGCGAUGCACACAUCUCAGUGCUGUAACCCUAGAGUACUGCAAGCUGGAGCAUGAAUCUUUCUCAAAGCUCUUAGAAUCAUUCCUCAGGCUACACCACCUCAAGCUCUCGUAUUGUUCAGGAUUCAAGGCAUCUAUGAUGAUAGGCCCUUACGGGUUAAGAAGCCUAAUGUAUUUGGACACAUUGGUGUUUGAUUUCGACCCAAGGGACAGUGCUGGAAUCCAUGAGGCUGCAACAAUGCUUGCAGUCUUGCCAGGGAACAUGGAUUACAUUAAAGGCCCUUAUAUGGAAUGGAGGCGUCCAAGACUUUAA